AUGCUGCCGAUUUCCGAAGUUUGGACAAUUUCCGAUAUACGCAGCGCUGCUUUAGCCAAGCUGGACCCCAAAUGGGCACAGUAUAUCAACGGAGGGGCAGAGGAUCUCACCACUCUUAGAGCAAACGAGCUGGAGUAUAACCGCUACCGCAUUAUGCCUAGAAUUCUGCGUGAUGUGGAAGAGAUCGAUACUAGUAAAGUCAUCUUUGGCACAAAGCUUUCCUGGCCAUUUGGAUUCUCGCCUGCGGCAAUGCACUGCUUGGCACAUCCUGAUGGCGAAGUCGCAACGUCACACGCAGCCGCGAAGGCAGGUAUAGCCAUGUGCUUAUCAGCCUGGGCGACGAAACCUCUCGAAGAGGUUAUUAUCGCCUGCGAUGAGGUUGAAAGCAAGAUACCUUAUGCUAUCCAAAAAUCGAGUGCAAGUCGGAAAGACUACACAUUAGAACUUGUUGCUCGGGCUCACAAAGCAGGCUACAGGGCCCUUCUCAUCACGGCGGAUUCGCCUACUGUCGGACGCCGAUUGAACGAGCUUCGAAAUGGCACAGACCUUCCGGAGCACCUCGCAUUUCCUAAUAUAUCGUAUAACCCCAACAACUUCAAGAAUGCGAUUAGGGAUGCUACCGUUUCCGCCUCUGACUAUUUGCCUUGGCUUAGCUCAAUCACCCCGCCGGACAUGGAGAUCUGGCUCAAAGGCAUUUAUACACCCGAGGAUGUCAUUACAGUUGCUCAGUAUCCCUUCGUGAAAGGAGUCAUUAUCUCUAAUCACGGCGGUCGCCAGCUCGACAGUGCUCCGGCUACACUUGAAGCUCUAUCGGAUUGCGUAGCAGCGGCUCGAAGCAUCAAUUCCAAACGGUCGACUGAAAGCCAGCUAAUGAUAGGCAUUGAUGGUGGAAUCCGUAGGGGAAGUGAUGUCUUCAAAGCUCUUGCGCUUGGUGCCGACAUAUGUUUUGCUGGGAGAAUCCCAUACUGGGGACUCGCUUUCAAUGGCCAAGAUGGUGUUGAGAGAGCCUUGCAGGUAUUGAGGGAGGAGUUUGAGGUAUGCAUGAGGUUGUCAGGAUGCAAAAGUCUAGCCGACAUAGGGCAACACAGUUUGGCGAUUGUGUUGGGGGGAGUUCCAGAUCGAGCUACUGUUCUGACAAAUCUUUAA